GCGCUGGCUGCGGGCAGUGAACUGUGCUCGUCCCCGCGAGCCGCGGCGGCGCCCGGGCCCCUUCCCGGCGCAGCCGGCCUUCGUGAGGGAGGGACGGUCGCUUUGGAGCAGAGUCCAUCAUGGCCAGUGGCAGCUGUCAGGGGUGCGAGGAGGAGGACGAGGAAACUCUGAAGAAGUUGAUAGUCAGGCUGAACAAUGUCCAGGAAGGAAAACAGAUAGAGACCCUGGUCCAAAUUCUGGAGGAUAUGCUGGUGUUCACGUACGCCGACCACGCCUCCAAGUUAUUUCAAGGCAAAAAAGUCCACGUGCCUGUGUUGAUCGUCUUGGACUUGUAUAUAAGAGUCGCUAGCGUGCAGCAGGUGGGUUGGUCACUUCUUUGCAAAUUGAUAGAAAUCUGUCCAAAUACAAUGCAAAGCUUAAUGGGACCUCAGGAUAUUGGACAUGAUUGGGAAGUACUUGGCGUUCACCAACUGAUUCUUAAAAUGCUAACAGUUCAUAAUGCCAGUGUAAACCUGUUAACAGUUGGACUGAAGGCCUUAGAUCUCCUUCUAACUUCAGGCAAAAUCACUUUGCUGAUAUUGGAUGAAGAAAGUGAUAUUUUCUUGUUAAUUUUUGAUGCCAUGCGCACAUUUUCAGCCAAUGACGAAGUCCAGAAACUUGGAUGCAAAGCUUUACGUGUGCUGUUUGAAAGAGUUUCAGAGGAGCAGCUGACUGAAUUUGUUGAGAAUAAAGAUUAUAUGAUCUUGCUCAAUGCAUUAAAAAAUUUUAAAGAUGAAGAGGAAAUUGUGUUUCAUGUCCUGCACUGUUUACAUUCCCUAGCAAUUCCUUGCAAUAAUGUUGAAGUCCUCAUGAGUGGCAACGUCAGGUGUUACAACAUUGUGGUAGAAGCCAUGAAAGCAUUCCCUGUCAAUGAAAAAAUUCAAGAAGUGAGUUGUUGCUUGCUCCAUAGGCUUACACUAGGUAAUUUUUUUAAUAUUCUGGUAUUAAAUGAGGUACAUGAGUUUGUGGUGAAAGCCGUGCGGCGAUAUUCAGAGAACGCCACGUUACAGAUUGCAGCACUCAGCUGUUUAGCGCUCCUCACUGAGACCAUUUUCUUAAAUCAAGAUUUAGAGGAAAAGAAUGAGAAUUCGGAGACUGAUGAUGAGGAAGAAGAUAAAUUGUUCUGGUUGGAAGCCUGUUACAAAGCAUUAACAUGGCAUAGAAAGAAUAAGCAUGUGCAGGAAGCUGCAUGCUGGGCCCUUAACAAUCUCCUUAUGUACCAAAACAGUUUACAUGAGAAGAUUGGAGAUGAAGAUGGCCAGUUCCCAGCUCAUAGGGAAGUGAUGCUCUCCAUGCUGAUGCAUUCUUCAUCAAAAGAAGUCUUCCAGGCAUCUGCAAAUGCAUUGUCAACUCUGUUAGAACAAAAUGUUAAUUUCAGAAAAAUCCUGUUGUCAAAAGGAAUAUACCUGAAUGUAUUGGAGUUAAUGCAGAAGCAUAUACAUUCUCCUGAAGUUGCUGAAAGUGGCUGUAAAAUGCUAAAUCAUCUCUUUGAAGGAAGCAACGCGACCCUGGAUACGAUGUCAGCAGUGGCCCCCAAAAUAAUAACAGUUAUGAAAAGUCACGAGGCAUCCUUAUCAGUGCAGCUGGAGGCACUAAGAGCUGUUUUACAUUUUAUAGUUCCAGUUGAUAGAGCAUCAUAUUCCUUCACCUUUCAGAAGCUGUUCCUGCACAGGCCAGUAUGUGAGAAAGCCAGUAGUGCCAAAUUGGUGGAACUGUUACUGAAUGGUGGUUCCCGUGAACAAGAUGUCCGGAAAGCGCUGACGAUAAGCAUUGCAAAAGGUGACAGCCAGAUCAUCAGCUUACUCUUAAGGAGGCUUGCCCUGGAUGUGGCCAAUAAUAGCAUUUGCCUUGGAGGAUUCUGUAUAGGAAAAAUUGAACCUUCAUGGCUUGGUCCUUUAUUUCCGGAUAAGACAUCUAAUUUAAGAAAAGAAACAAUCAACAUUUACUUGCCUUUAUUUUAUCGUUUAAAAAUAGGAAGUGAAGGCUCAUUUCUUGUGAAAAGAAAAUCCAAUUCAAUUAGCGUAGGAGAAUUUUACCGAGAUCGUGCCUUGCAGCGUUGCUCACCAAAUUUGCAAAGGCAUUCCAACUCAUUGGAACCCAUUUUCGAUCAUGAAGAUUUACUGAGGCAAAAAAGAAAAAUACUGUCUUCAGAUGACUCACUCAGAUCAUCAAAACUUCAAUCCCAUAUGAGGCAUUCAGACAGCAUUUCUUCCCUGGCUUCUGAGAGAGAAUAUAUUACAUCAUUAGACCUUUCAGCAAAUGAACUAAGAGAUAUUGAUGCCCUAAGCCAGAGGUGCUGUAUCAGUGGUCAUUUGGAGCAUCUUGAAAAGCUGGAGCUUCACCAGAAUGCACUCGCGAGCUUUCCACAACAACUGUGUGAAACCCUGAAGUGUUUGACACAUUUGGAUUUGCACAGUAAUAAAUUUACAUCAUUUCCCUCUUACUUGUUGAAAAUGAAUUGUAUUGCCAACCUCGAUGUCUCUCGAAACGACAUCAGCCCUUCAGUGGUUUUGGAUCCUGCAGUGAAGUGCCCAACCUUGAAACAGUUUAACUUGUCAUAUAAUCAGCUGUCUUCUUUUCCUGAGAACCUUGGCGUUGUGGUAGAGAAAUUGGAACAGCUCAUUUUAGAAGGAAAUAAAAUACCAGAAAUAUGUUCCCCCUUAAGCCUGAAGGAACUGAAGAUUUUAAACCUUAGUAAAAACCACAUUACAUCCCUAUCAGAAGACUUCCUUGAGGCAUGUCCUAAAGUGGAGAGUUUCAGUGCCAGAAUGAAUUAUCUUGCUGUUAUGCCUUUUUUGCCUUCUUCUCUGACAAGCCUAAAAUUAUCUCAAAACAGCUUUACAUGUGUUCCAGAAGCAAUUUUAAAUCUUCCACACUUAUUAUUUAAUUUUUGUCUUUCAAAUACCAGGUUUCUUCAACAGCGGUUAAAAAAGGCCGUACCUUAUAACCGAAUGAAGCUAAUGAUUGUGGGAAAUACUGGGAGUGGUAAAACCACCUUACUGCAGCAAUUAACGAAAACCAAGAAAUCAGAUCUUGGGGUGCAAAGCUCCACAGUUGGUAUAGAUGUGAAAGACUGGCCUAUCCAAAUAAGAGGCAAAGGGAAGAAAGACCUCAUUCUAAAUGUGUGGGAUUUUGCAGGUCGUGAGGAAUUCUACAGCACUCAUCCCCACUUCAUGACCCAGCGAGCUCUCUACCUUGCCGUCUAUGACCUCAGCAAAGGGCAGGCUGAAGUGGACGCCAUGAAGCCUUGGCUCUUCAAUAUAAAGGCUCGUGCUUCUUCUUCCCCUGUGAUACUCGUUGGCACACAUUUAGAUGUUUCUGAUGAGAAGCAGCGCAAAGCCUGCAUAAGUAAAAUCACCAAGGAACUCUUGAACAAGCGAGGGUUUCCUGCAAUAAGGGAUUACCACUUUGUGAAUGCCACUGAGGAAUCCGACGCUUUGGCAAAGCUUCGGAAAACCAUCAUAAAUGAGAGUCUUAAUUUCAAGAUUCGAGAUCAGCCUGUUGUUGGGCAGCUGAUUCCAGACUGCUAUGUAGAACUUGAGAAAAUCAUUUUAUCAGAGCGUAAAAAUGUGCCAAUUGAAUUUCCUGUAAUCGACCGGAAACGAUUAUUACAACUCGUAAAAGAAAAUCAGCUGCAGUUGGAUGAAAAUGAGCUUCCUCAUGCAGUUCACUUCCUAAAUGAAUCAGGGGUCCUUCUUCAUUUUCAAGACCCAGCACUGCAGUUAAGUGACUUAUAUUUUGUGGAACCCAAGUGGCUUUGUAAAGUCAUGGCACAGAUUUUGACAGUGAAAGUAGAAGGCUAUCCAAAACAUCCUAAAGGAAUCAUUUCACGUAGAGAUGUGGAAAAAUUUCUUUCAAAGAAGAAGAGAUUUCCAAAGAACUACAUGUCACAGUACUUUAAACUCCUAGAAAAAUUCCAGAUUGCCUUGCCAAUAGGAGAAGAAUAUUUGCUGGUUCCAAGCAGUUUGUCUGACCACAGGCCUGUGAUAGAACUUCCCCAUUGUGAGAACUCUGAAAUUAUCAUUCGACUAUACGAAAUGCCUUACUUUCCAAUGGGAUUUUGGUCCAGGUUAAUUAAUCGAUUACUUGAAAUUUCACCUUACAUGCUUUCAGGAAGAGAACGAGCACUUCGCCCAAACAGAAUGUAUUGGCGACAAGGCAUCUACUUGAAUUGGUCUCCUGAGGCUUAUUGUCUGGUAGGAUCUGAAGUCUUAGACAAUCACCCAGAGAGUUUCUUAAAAAUUACAGUUCCUUCUUGUAGAAAAGGCUGUAUUCUUCUGGGCCAAGUUGUGGACCACAUUGAUUCUCUUAUGGAAGAAUGGUUUCCUGGAUUACUGGAGAUUGAUAUCUGUGGUGAAGGAGAAACUCUGUUGAAGAAAUGGGCAUUAUAUAGUUUUAAUGAUGGUGAAGAGCAUCAAAAAAUCUUACUUGAUGACUUGACGAAGAAAGCAGAAGAAGGAGACCUUCUGAUAAAUCCAGAUCAACCAAGGCUCACCAUUCCAAUAUCUCAAAUUGCUCCUGACUUAAUUUUGGCUGACCUGCCUAGAAAUAUUAUGUUGAAUAAUGAUGAAUUGGAAUUUGAACAAGCUCCAGAGUUUCUCCUAGGUGAUGGCAGUUUUGGGUCUGUUUAUCGAGCAUCCUAUGAAGGAGAAGAAGUGGCUGUGAAGAUUUUCAAUAAACAUACAUCACUUAGACUGUUAAGACAAGAGCUGGUGGUCCUUUGUCACCUCCACCACCCCAGCUUAAUAUCUUUGCUGGCGGCUGGGAUUCGUCCUCGAAUGUUGGUGAUGGAGUUGGCCUCCAAGGGUUCGCUGGACCGCUUGCUUCAGCAGGACAAAGGAAGUCUCACCAGAACCCUGCAGCACAGGAUUGCACUACAUGUGGCUGAUGGCUUGAGAUACCUCCACUCGGCCAUGAUUAUAUACCGUGACUUGAAGCCCCACAACGUGCUGCUCUUCACCCUGUAUCCCAAUGCUGGCAUCAUUGCAAAGAUUGCGGACUACGGGAUUGCUCAGUACUGCUGUAGAAUGGGGAUAAAGACGUCAGAGGGCACACCAGGGUUUCGUGCACCUGAAGUUGCUAAAGGAAAUGUUAUUUAUAACCAGCAGGCUGAUGUUUAUUCAUUUGGUUUACUACUCUAUGACAUUUUGACAACUGGAGGUAGAAUAGCAGAGGGUUUGAAGUUUCCAAAUGAGUUUGAUGAACUGGCAAUACAGGGAAAAUUACCUGAUCCAGUUAAAGAAUAUGGCUGUGCCCCAUGGCCCAUGGUUGAGAAGUUAAUUAAAAAGUGUUUGAAAGAAAAUCCUCAAGAAAGGCCUACUUCUGCCCAGGUCUUUGACACUUUGAAUUCAGCUGAGUUAAUCUGUCUGAUGAGACAUAUAUCAAUACCUAAAAACUUUAGUGUUGAAUGCAUGGUUGCUACAAAUCAUAACAGCAAGAAUGCAAGCAUCUGGCUGGGCUGUGGGCACCGUGAUAAAGGACAGCUCUUAUUUCUCGACUUAAAUACAGAAAAACACACUCCUGAGGAAGUUAUUGAUAGUAGAAUACUGUGCCUGGCUUUGGUGCCUCUUCCUGUGGAAAAGGAAAGCUGGAUUGUGUGUGGGACACAGUCUGGCAUGCUCCUGGUCAUCAAUACCGAAGAUGGGGAAAAGAGACAUACCCUUGAAAAGAUGACUGAUUCUGUGACUUGCUUGUAUUGCAGUCCCUUUCCCAAGCAAAGCAAGCAAAAAAAUUUUCUUCUGGUGGGAACUGCUGAUGGCAAUUUAGCAAUUUUUGAAGAUAAAACUGUUAAGUGUAAAGGAGCCGCUCCUUUGAAGAUACUAAAUAUAGGAAAUGUCAGUACUCCACUGAUGUGUUUGAGUGAAUCCAUGAAUUCAACUGAAAAAAACAUUAUGUGGGGAGGAUGUGGUACAAAACUUUUCUCAUUUUCUGAUGAUUUCACCAUUCAGAAGCUCAUUGAGACAAAGACAAAUCAGCUGUUUUCUUAUGCAGCUUUCAGUGAUUCCAACAUCAUAGCGGUGGUGGUAGACACGGCUCUCUACGUUGCUAAGAAAAAUAGCCCAUUUGUGGAAGUACGGGAUAAGAAAACUGAAAAACUCUUUGAACUAAUAGACUGUGUGCACUUUUUAAAGGAGGAAAUGGUCAAAGUAAAUGCAGAAUCAAAACACAAACUGUCUUAUUCUGGGAGAGUGAAAACCCUCUGCCUCCAGAAGAACACUGCUCUCUGGAUAGGAACUGGAGGAGGCCAUAUUUUACUUCUUGAUCUUUCAACUCGUCGAAUUAUACGUAUAAUUCACAAUUUUUGUGACUCUGUCAGAGUCAUGAUGACAGCACAGUUAGGAAGCCUUAAAAAUGUCAUGCUGGUUUUGGGGUAUAUCCGGAAAAGUACCGAAAGUACACAAUACCAAAAAGAGAUACAAUCUUGUUUGUCUGUUUGGGACAUCAAUCUUCCACAUGAAGUGCAAAAUUUAGAAAAACAUAUUGAAGUGAGAAAAGAAUUAGCUGAAAAAAUGAGAAGAAUAUCUGUUGAAUAAGAGAGAUAUUGGAGAUCUCUGUCUUUGGAUGGGAAGAUUAUUCUCUUGUAAAUAUUUCUUUAAAAAUGUUUACAUAUGAAAAGGGUUCUUCCACUUUUUGAAAUAGCUCAUGUGUAUAUGAGGGAAUUUAUAUAUAUUUUAUUUUAAAUAUAAAUAUGUGUAAAAAUAAUUAUCAGUGAAAAUAUGUUUUGAAGAACUAUUUAAAAUACAACAUUAUAUUUCCUACACAUCCUAAUUAAUUUUGUGGAUUAAGUAAUGAAAGGAAAUCUAAAAAGUACAUAAUUGCAGGAGUCAUACUAAAAUUUACAAAGUGACUAAUUUUGUUGCUGUUAUCCGUAAGGAAAGUAAACAUUAUUUAAAAUUCUGUGCUUAAACAAGACUGUUGUUUGAUUACUUUCUAGGUAUUCUGCAAAAUAGAAUCAAACUGUUAGACCCAUUUCACAUGUAAUACAUUCCUUGUUAGAUUGCUUUUAAAUGCAGCUAUCACAUAGGCUUGUAAACCGUCAAUGAAUUUUCACUAAUAAAGCCCUUCAUUGGGAUGUG